AUGAAGCUUGCACUUUUUGUUUUGGGAGCAGUUGCUGCUCAGUACGAGUAUGACGACUUUGGAUACAAAAAGAAGAAGAACGGCGCAUCCAACCCCUUCCACUGGAAGAAUGGAGAGACAGAUCCCUGUGGAUGCACCAAUACUCCCCGAAACUCUCCCGAUGCCUUCGGCGUUUGCAACAUGACUGCGACUGAACUCGCCAACCUCCCUUCAAACAAGCAGAAGGUCCAAAGGGCCCAUGUCCGAAUCUGGUGGACCUGCCCACGAACUGCUGAGCAAGGUGGCGAUGUCAGUGUCCUCUACACUGAUCGAUGCAAACGACUGAAGAAAAGACCUCUUUCCACCACCUUCCCGGAAUGGCCUAGCCCAUGCGGAGACAUUUCCGGCAGUUGCAAGUGCCAAAACGGUAUGACAACUUUGAUGAGCGAGGCCGCUUGGGCUGGUGCAUCAUUUGAGUGCAUUGAUGAUGGACGAAAGCACUCGACUUACAGAAUUACCUGCGCUGAUGGAACCACAUCUGCUGAAGGUCGAGUCAAGUGCAAGAACAAUUUUGUUCGCCGAAUGAAUGGAGAUCUCCGCAACUUCUCAUGUGCUGGAAGAGGAAAUAAGAGAGGAUAA